GCGGCGCCCCUCAAUUGUAAGGUUACGUCCUCCUGCCUCCGCUGGCGGCAGCACCGCACCCCCACCCAUCUCGCUGCGCCCAGCCGCCAGCCCCAGAGCCCCCAGCCCCAGCCCACGACACAGCUCUGAAACAGCCACAAUGGCCUAAGAAAGCAGGUCCUACUCGGAACUGUAUUGAAUAUACAGUAGUUCCUACUCAUCCCUGAUGGAUUUUAAUCCAUGCACUAAUAAAAGCUCUACUAAAAAAAAAAAUAAAUAACAGAGGAAUGAUGCCGUUCAUUUGGCCCACAGAGGGGGUGUGCAAGCAGUGAAGAAGCACAGAGCAGCAGUGGAUGGAAACCCAAAUGCAAUCGAGCAGCUCAAAUGAGCUACGCUGUGUCACAGACACAACUGAUGCAGAACAAGAUGACCUACCUUGUGAUGGAGAUGGGGGAACAGCCUGUGAACACCACGGCAAGUCAGACCAAUUGAAUGACUGCACUUGUAUCACUGAUGCUUUAAACUUAUCCAUUUCUGAAGAUAACAGAAACGCAUCAAAUUAUGAGAUUCAUGUACAACCUGAAGAUGUAUUCAACUAUGCUAAAGGAACCAUUGGAACAAUUGGAAUUUCAGCUGGAAUAUCUGGAAGUGAAGUGUCCUUUAAAAAGGCAUUACCAGCUGGUGGUGGUCAACCAGAUGGUAGAGAUCCUCUGAGUCACUCCCACAUGUCCCAUGUCCUUCUGCACCAUUUUCCUACAGGAGAGUUAACGAGCAAAUGGCAGUUGAUUGAACAUGAGACUAUACCAGAAAUAUCCCUCACUGAAAGCACUGACGAAACCACAAACAAACUCACAACUUGUGAAUGUGUCAAAGGCCCUUCAACAGGUGAACAACAGGCAGACAAGUUUGAAGAGCACCACUUAGAAAAGCUAAAAGCAGUGAAUAUUGGAGGGAAAAUUCAGGAUUUGCUAAACAAAAAUACAUUUGUUUCAAAAACCUCUACUUCUACUACUGCUAAGCAUGGGUGCAGACAAGAAAAUUUUCUGUUGAUUGAUGAGUAUGAAGAUGGAUGUAUCUUUCAAAACACAGAACAGACAUACGUGUUUAAGAAAUCAGGUCCAUCUCGUGAGCUCUUAGAGGGCCAAGGCGAAGCUCUGAAGUGUCAGGAAGACAAUAAUGAAAUCACUUCAGAAAUGAAAGUACCAAAAAUGAAUGAAAAUGAUAAAUCCAUUCCCACCAUUAAAAAACAAUAUCCUUCCCUACAUUGCUAAGUAAAUCAGUAACCAUUAACAGAAUUCUAGAAAAUCAGAAAUGUUUUGAUUCCAUUGAAGUCACAAAUCAGGAAGAAACAAGCAUUCCAGAAUCAUCCCAACAACAAAAGGUAAUUAAGAUAACUUAAGAAGUUGAGAAUUUCUUAAAACAAGAGUGAUGUGU